UGACAAAAUGGAACCCACCAGCAGUGUGAGGAGACCUGAAAGUGGCACAUGGCAGAGUGUGGCGAUGGAGACAGCAGCAAUGGGAGGCCGUACAGGGACCCAUGACACACUCUGGACCUGGCAGCAGCAUGAGGAGGCUGUACAGGGGCCCAUGACAGAUUACGGGCCUGGCAGCAGCAUGAGGAGCCCGUAAUCUGCCAGCACCCUAUGACAAAAAUGGAAACCACCAGCAGUGUGAGGAGACCUGAAAGUGGCACAUGGCAGAGUGUGGCGAUGGAGACAGCAGCAAUGGGAGGCCGUACAGGGACCCAUGACACACUAUGGACCUGGCAGCAGCAUGA